CAUGGGCUAGUAAAGGAUGGACGCCGCCCCGCCGUCGUCGCCAAGUCAACUCACCCCGGCGAGCGGGCUGUCUACUCCACCUCCUCAUUCGGCCCGGAUGGAGUUUGCAACACCAGCGGCCUCAGAGGAGCUUGGGCUGCCGAUCCAGUCCACGUCGGUGCACCCACUGCAGAGCCCGCCUAGCCAUCCUACAGGGUUGGCUGAACUGCGAGCUGUGACUCGCUCAACGAAUGGCUCGCCGACAGUGGUUGGGCCUUUGGGGAUGGUGUUAACGCCGACAUCACCACCCACGGUGAUCUCGUCGUUCGGGAUUAUAGCGUCGGCCUCCCCGACUCCUAGACCUAUGUCUUUAUGGCAUAGUGAGAGUCAUCCGGUUGCUGCUGAUGACUCGACAUCCAUAGAUGAGGACUCCACGAUGCAGCGUCAAGCUUCACACAACCUAGACUGCUCAGAAGAUGCAGUGGUUAUCGAUGUGCAAAAUGAGCUGCAUUCUUCAGGAGAUGGGGUGAUCCCCAAGGUCCGUGUGAACCUCCGGCGCGUCGCGACCGACCUGUUCACGCCGUACACCGUACCCAUCGGUCCUUACCAUGAAAGCGCGGAUUCCUGGCAGUGGACGGAAGUGAAGAAGAGGGCCGUCCGCGAUCUAGCAGGCGGGGCUAACCUCUCCGGUCUGGAGCGGGCCAUGGAUAGAGUGCGGUGCAGAGCGAGGGGAUGCUACACCCAUCUGCCGGAGCCGGACAACCACGCCGGCGACUCAGCAAAGUUCUCCCGUAUGCUGCUGCAUGAUGGGUGUUAUCUGGUUAGCCUCUUUGUAGACUGCUACCUGCAGUGUGAGGAGGCGACCGGAUCACCCAGCAGUCGGACUCGGACCAUAGUGUCCAGAGACAACACGGUGGUGCGGGACAUCCUGUACCUCCUUGAGAACCAGAUACCGCUGUUUGUCAUCCACGAGAUCCUGAAUUACUUGAGAGCACCAGGGGAAGUGACAUCCGCUGUGGAGUGCAUCGCGAGGCCCGUCGAGGAGCUGCUGCAGAGGCAGCUGUACAUCAGCAAGACGCCGCGGGAGGCGCCGUCGACGUCCGUCCACCUGCUCGACCUGGUGUACUGCUACAUGGCGUCGCGGCUGCUGCAGCAGCAGCAGCAGGAGGAGGAGGAGGAGCGGACAGCAGGCCUUCUAACGGGCCCAUGGCGCCGGGCGACCGAGUACCGCAGGUACGCCAACCUGCUGUUGAAGCGCCGGGCCUUUAGCGCCGGCGAGGAGUGGAGCAUCCUCGACGUGGAGCUCGACGGAGGAAACCUGUGGAUCCCUCUCCUACGCGUGGACAGCAACACGUGGACGCUCCUGCGGAACCUGAUGGCUCUGGAGGAGCAGCAGGAGGCCAGGCCCGUCACGGCCUACUGCUACUUCAUGUCGCAGGUGGCGUGCACGGCGGAGGACGUGGGGCUCCUGCGGAGCGCCAUGGUUGUCGAGCAUUUCCUGGGCAGCGACGAGUCGGCCGCACAGGGCUUUGCCUGUCUGUGCCACGGCAUGGCCCUGGACAUCCACAACCUCCAGCGGAACUACCUCAAGCCCAUAUGGCACGCCCUGGAGAAGCGCUGCGGCGUCCCGGCGCACAACUUCAAGGGCUUCUUCCGCGAGAAGCACUGCGGUAACAUCUUCUACCGCGUGGUGUUCUUCAUCGCCAUCCUCGUCUUUGUCUCCCAAAUGGUGCAGUCCAUCUAUGCGGUUAUCGCCUACCACAAACCCAAUACUCGUCUUCUUGCAUGACGUUUAGGAGCACCGCCGAAAUUACGGCCCAAUGUUUCGUCUUCUCGCCUUGUUGUUUGCGUGGCUACUUAACUUAAGAUUCUUCCUGCUGCUUUUUGCAUAU